AUGGUUAGAAAAUGUAUUGUGACACUGGGCUCUCCCCAGCCCAUCACUCCCCCUACAAACCGACGAGGUGGCCAAUUGCAAGAUCUUCUGGCACAGUUUGGAUCUCAGAGCUCAGUAGAAUCAGCGACCAAGAAAAGGCGAUUGUCGGCGCAGCAGAAGAGUGAAGAAAUGAAGCCGAUUCCUAUUCGGGACAGUAGAGGCAAACGCAACCCACCGCCUCAAACGGCGCACCACAACGUCACCUCGGAUUCAUCGGCUAGAGAGCAGUCCCCCGUGACUUCCAAAAGAACUACUCGACAAUCAGCUUCAAAGCCAGCAAACCCAGACCCAGAAGAUAGCGAAGACGAACUCGCGCCAUCGGCCCGCCCCCGCAAGACGAGUGCGAGAAUAUCGGCAUACACGGAGGAGCUUAAGAUGGAGAAGCGCAAGAAAGAAAAGGAGAGGACAGACGGACUGCGACGGGGCACUCGGGAUAGGAGGAGCGCCAUCCUGGAGUCUGACACCAUAGUUACUCCACCACGACGGCGGAAAUCAGCGCCACCCCCUCGGAGACUCGACACCGCCCGCAACCGUCUUCGCGAUGACAUUGCCAAAGGGACCAGGGCGAGAGCGAACAGUUUUCUUGUUGCCAACAAAGAGUUCUUUCUGCCACUUCUGCCCAAAAACAACUACGUCGUGAAACUGGCAGAAGAGGGUAAAGCGCAACCUAUCGUCGAAUACCAAGAGCUCAAGGAGCAGCCCAAGGGAGUUACAGCCGUCAUGAAGCCUUACCAGCUGUCUGGUCUAUCGUUUCUCGUUCACCUGUAUAACAACGGGUUCUCUGGUAUACUCGGUGACGAGAUGGGUCUUGGAAAGACGCUGCAGACUCUUUCUCUCUUCCAAUACCUCGAAGAGCUUGAUGAGCAGAAGGGCGUCGUAUCAGAAGAACCCCGUCCGUACCUUGUCGUCUGUCCGCUAAGUGUGCUCAACUCCUGGGUAACAGAAGCUGAAAAGUGGGUGCCACAGCUUGGAGUUAUGCGGUUCCAUGGUGCCGUGAACGAACGGACUCGUCUUAAGCGGGUUGCGGCUGGCUUAGAAGAUAUGAAAGGAAACGAAACCUCACGCGCACGAGAUCGAAAAGCGUUGCGCAAGGCCGGCCAAAAGGUCUCCAAGCUGCCCGGCCCUUCUGACUCUUUCAAGAUUGUCGUGACGACCUACGACGUCUUCCAAGCGGAGCAAGCUUGGUUCAAGCACUCUUUUGCCUGGCGCUAUGUUGUUCUGGACGAGGGCCAUAAGAUCAAAAAUAGCCUAGCCCAAAUCUCCACGGCGUUGAAGAGCAUCAAUGCUGAGUACCGACUUAUCCUGACAGGAACGCCGCUUCAGAACAACAUGGUUGAGAUGUGGUCACUUCUGACUUGGCUGUACCCCACCGUUUUCGACGACAGGACUGAAGCGCUGUUCCGAGAGUCAUUCGACCUUAGCAAAGGCAAAGCAAACAAGCAGACUAUGACAGAUGCCCGACGUUUGCUCGAGCUUAUCAUGCUGCGCAGAAUGAAAGACUCUCCAUCAGUCAAUCUCGGCCUGCCGCCUAAGGAAGAGGUACUUCUUUACGUGCCCCUUACACCGAUGCAGAAGUUUUGGUACACGCGCCUUUUGACUCGUAUUGAUGAUGGUAUGCUUAAUGAACUCUUUGCCGACGGUAAGGAGAAAGAGAAAGCUGCUAUUGAACAUGACGUCCAGGAGAACAAGCUAUUGCAGCAAUUGGAGGAAAUGGACAAAGUGAUCAGCACUGGCAGCGUUGGAGACGAAUGGGAAGAGACUGCAAAAAUUGUGCAAGAAGCUGUAGCAAAGGAACAAGCCGAUGCGAGCGCUUCAAAGGGAGCUUGGAAAAAGCUCAUGAAUCUCGUCAUGCAGCUACGCAAAUGCUGCUCGCACCCAUACCUGCUUCCAGGAGGAGCACCAGACCCAUACUACCUGGGUGAUCAUGUCAUCCGCGCUUCAGGCAAGUUCAUUCUGUUGGAGAAACUCCUCAAGCAUACGGUCUUUGAGCAAGGCAAGAAGGUUCUCAUCUUCUCGGGUUUUGCUCGCACACUGGACUGUUGUGAGGACUUGCUAUCUCUUGUCAGCAACCACGGUGAAAAAUUCAAGUAUCUUCGCUUGGACGGGAGCACGGCUAGGGCUCGUCGAAACUUGGACAUCCGCCUUUUCAAUCAGAAAGAUUCGGACUACAAGGUCAUGCUUCUUUCUACUCGUGCAGGUGGCUUAGGCAUCAACCUUACCAGCGCCCAGGAUGUCAUAUUCUUGGAUGAAGAUUGGAAUCCACAGAUUACUCUCCAAGCCGAAGCGCGGGCUCAUCGUAUCGGACAGACCAAGAAAGUAACGAUAUACAAGCUCUGUACCCAGGGGACUGUCGAAGAGCAGAUGAUGGGUCGCAUCCGGAAGAAGCUUUACCUCUCUGCGAAGAUUACUGAAUCCAUGCAGAACGUACAUGGCAAGCAAGCAGUUGCAAAAAGGUCAGCGGGACGCCCUUCCAUCGACGAAGACAUGCCACAAAUGGAUACCACACAACUGAUGACACUUGUACGGCGAGGUGCACAGACACUCUCACACCCUGAGAUUGAGGUCAAGGAAAUGGUUUCUUGGGAUCUGGAGACAAUGAUGAAGAAGUGCCGCGACCAGUCUGCCGAUUUGGCUGAUACGACACAAUCCGAGGUUGACGAAGACAAGUGGCUUUCCACUAUGGAGCGUGUCGAAUGCGCCGUGUUUGAAGGCAAGCGUCACCAGCGCAACCUCGAUAAAGGUUCUAGUGCAGAUACCUCGUCUAGGAAUAUUCUACCAGAAACGAUUACUAGGGAAGACCGCCGCACGAACAAGAAUACUACAGUCAUGGUCAACGGCUAUGCUAUUAAUAAGGAGUCUAUGAACUGUGGCGACUGGGAAGCAGUGCCAACUUUUGCCGGUAAGGACCCACGUCUUGCUGAGCCGGUUCGAGAAAAGCGACGCGAGUUCAAUCACGAAGAUCACUGCCUUGAAUGCUUCGAAGAUGCCGACGCUGGGCAGCUCUUCGAGUGCAAGACCUGUCCCCGAGUCUACCACUUCGACUGUCUGGACGACCACUAUCAGGGCAAAGUCAAGGGUCCUUUCAGUGGCUUCCAUUGCCCCCAACACAACUGCACUGACUGUGCAAAGACCACAGCCGAUGCAGGUGGUCUCAUCUUCCGAUGUCGCUGGUGUCCCCGGGGCUACUGCGAGGACUGUCUUGACUGGGACAAUACCGAGCUUAUCGGUGAGAAUCUACCUGAGUUCGAGGUCCUGGGUGAAUACGCAAUGUCAGGUGGUUUCUACGUCAAGUGCCCAUCUUGCGUCGAAUCGGCCAAGGAGGACCCAGAGCAAAGGGCGUGGAUCGAGGAAAAGGAAAAGACGUACAAGGAGGAGCAUGCUGCUUGGUUGCAGGAGCGUGAAACAGUGCAGAGCGUCAAGAUUCAGGAUGACGACGAAGCUAGUUUACCACCGGGGCUCACUGAUACUUCGCUCUCGACUCCUGUGCUUGGUGGUUCUGGGGUCACUACGCCUGAUGGAACGGAGACGUUGUUGCCAAUCCCUACGAUUACGAAGAAGAGGAGUCAGAUGUUUGACGAGACUAGUGACAAGAAGAAGACCAAGCGUGGCUUGUAA